GUCCAUCUACUCACAGCUUAUUGUUUUUCAGCGGAAACUACCGGUAAAACGCGGUUUGCCGGUAGAAAACUACGUUUGUCGUUUGCCACCGGUCUAGGCUACGUUGGCGAAUGGCGCCUGGUGGUAUGGCAGAGUGGCUAGGCUAUGAAAUGUUUUUGGUGUAUUGUUUUCCGUGUAUUGAUAGCAGCCACUUCUUAACCCCGUGAAGUGCCAUGUUCGUCCAGGUCCUGUCUGUAGGCCAUUGGCAAGGCGCUGGCGGUCAUUGAAGUCGGUCGACGGCAGGCGUACGAAUGGACCGGUGAAAGCUUCAGAUCGAAUCAGAUAAGUCAUCGGUUUCGAAGUCAUGGCAGAAGAAAUAGACCCUAUAGUGCUGCAGGCGACCAAAGAUUCGCUGGGAAAAUACAUCAAGAAGCCACCGCUAUCUGACAAGCUUCUUGGAAAGCCGCCCUUCAAGUUUCUUCACGAUAUAUUUUCUGUUGUUAUUAAAGAACAUGGCCUGAUGGAGGGACUCUUCACCCCGGCCGAAAUGAAGUCAGACACAUUCAAGGACAAGGAGAGCAAGGUUGCAUACAUACAGAAGGUUAUCGAUGUCAUGGAGUUUGUCACCGGUGAUAAGCUUCACAUCAAACCUGGAAAAGUUGUGGCCGGGUUGGAAACUGCUAAAACGAAUGCACUUCUUCAAAGCAUCGGGAAGGCGUUAGAAACAAAGGCAACGUCCGGCGAGGCAGUCAAAAAGGUUCUUGCCGGGGAGAAGCCAGGCAAAAAGAAGGACAAAGAUAAAGACAAAGAUAAGUCCAAAAAGAAAGACAAAGAUGGGGCCUCGCCCAAGAAGCCCAAAGGUGGUGCGUCAUUAUCAGACGCAACCAACAAGUCGCCUGACAAAAAGUCAAAAAAGGACAAGGACGAUAAAAAGAAGUCCAAAAAAGAUGAUGGUGACGAAAAGGGCAAGAAGUCAAAGGACAAGGACUCGGACAAACCGAAGAAAAAGAAGGGAGAGGGUAAAGAAGAUGACAAAGGCAAGAAAGGAAAAGAUGACAAGGAAGGGAAGAAGAAGAAAAAGAAGAAGAUUCCCAAGUUUGAGGACAUCAUGGCGGACAUUGCUCCGACGGGCUCUGAGCCCGGUGUGGAGGCGCAGCCGGAGCUGCAGAUGGAGGCCAAGGAGGCCGAGCCGGCGCCGGCCGAGGAGGAGGGCGACAUCACCAUGGACACUACCGUCCCGCUCAGUGACGGCGGCACGGGUUUCUCGGCGCCUCGGCCGCGCACGGCCCGAUCAGCGCGGCCCAGCAGCGCGCGACCGGCCGCUCCGAGACCCAAACAGCGAGCGGCCAUCGAGCAGCAGCUGGAUGACGUGGCGCCCGGUGGAGCGGCCGCCGCCGCCGCCGUCAUGUUCGACGAGGAUGACGACGACGACGAUCACUUUGUGGUCGAGGAGAAGAAACUGGCGCCCGACCCGGGUCUGGCGGCGAUGAUGCAGCCGGACGAGAACCUGGCAGAACAGGCGGAGGAGGGCGAGCACGGCCUCCUCGUCUCACAAAUCCUCGAGACCAAAAAGUCCAUGGAGGAGGAGCUCAAGGGAAAAACGCAAAUCGAGCGAGACUCGGGUGCCGACAAGGGCAAGAGCCGCGACAAGGACGCCGUCCGUAAGGAGGUGGCCCGACUUAGGGAGAGCAUACAAAAGGUCACCAAGUCGGCCAACCCGCUAGGUAAAAUGAUGGACUUCCUUCAAGAGGACGUGGAUUCGAUGCAGCGGGAAUUGGACAAAUGGAGACUGGAAAACAAGGAAAUGACGCAACAAAUCCGCUCAGAAAUGGACACGACCAACACGUCUAUCGAGCCGCUGAAGGCGGCGCUGUCCGAGUACGAACAGAGCAUCCAGGACCAGCUGGACAAGAUCUCGGCAGUCCGCGCCUCAGUGCUCAACAACGAAAUGAAAAUCGCCAAGAUGAUGGCGGGCGUGAUGAACGUAGCGGCCUCGGCGCCUUAGGAACGGAGCCACUAGGUCUCCCUCGGCCACGAGCGGUGGAUGGAAGACCUACGCCUUCUUGACUGUCUCCUGUCCGUCAGCUGGCGGUGGAAGCUGUGAUAACGGCCGCACAGCAAGACAGAUGAUCUGGAGUGCACCAGGACGCGAGGCCAGUUUGGCUCUCGGGUGCCUCACAUGUUCUCGGCCGUCUCCCCGACUCCGUUUGGUGGUGUGUGAGGAGAUGCACGGAAUGAAAGGGGGACGGCAAGGAUGGCUGCCUUCAAUGUUUGUUGUCGUUACGGGAACUGUUAACGUUACUAUGAAGCGCUGUUGACCUUCAAGUUCCGCUAAGUUAACCUCACAUGCUUCUGAGUUCCAUUCACCUUAUCAGUCAAGUAGCAUUGUUUUUAUCACAUUAAUAUUUGUCUUGGUGUUAUCGAAACCCAAGCAUGGUCUCGUAUCACCAUUGGCGUCACCACAUAUGCAUGUCUUAUGUUUGUGAUGCAUCCCGAUAUAACCGUUUGUCUGAGCGUAUGCGUUAAAUACUCGAAGUUGUGUCCUCCUCAGCCAUUUGUGCCUGGAGUUGACCGUAUCAGUGAUCUCAGUGCGAUCGUCUCGAGUCAGUCGGUCGCGCACAGAAGAUAUCGAGAGUCGUGCCUAUCAGUGGUUCAGACUUCAGAUGCAUGCGUGGGUGAGACGGUUGGCAAACCCAGUGUUCCGGCACCACGCUGAAAGUCGGAAGUGCGCCUCAUUUCGUCAACCAGCUGAUACCAUUAUCUCGCUGUUUUCGUGACGUCACGGCGCGGGCGGGAGAAUGUUUGACACAACUUACCAAGCGGCGUUCUCUAACGAAACGAGUUUCACCGACGCGUGUGUUCGAUGUGUCAGAAUUCGCCGAUGCUGUUCGCAUAGCUGUUCGGCCUGUGGCGGACACUGAUGUUCAUUGUAGACGUGUUACCCGGCUCACGCCACGGAGGAACUGUGCGAGUGGUGACUGACUGGUCAUCGGAUGAUGGUCGAAUGCACGAUAUACACAAUACAGGCGCUGUGGGUUUGAGAA